AUGAAUCAUCCGGGCGUAAAGCUCGCCAUUGCAAGGUACUCACGCACAGCGAUUAACAAGAAUGCUAGCGAAACGCAGAAGCCUCUUCUCAUCACCAGCAUUCACAUAGAUUCUGGAGGCUUGACAUCUUUGCCUCGGCUUUCGUUUUUCCCGGCUGCUACAAAGCUCCAGGCAAGCCAUAAUAAGAUUACAGAGAUUUUGGACAACUGGAACGACAAAAUUGAAGACGUGGACCUGUCUGAUAACCAGCUAACAAGCUUUCCAGAGAUAGGAGGGGUCAUGCUAAUGUCCUUGAAUCUGAGCGAAAAUGCCCUUCGAAACAUAACAAUUCCAAGGCAACUUCCGCACCUUAUGGAACUGAACCUUUCAAUUCAGUGCGAGAAGCAGGCCGCGCCUACUGACUCUGGGGGCUUCUGCAGCGUGUUUUCGGACAGCUUCUCCCAGUCUCUCUUCGACAACUGCCCGCAGCUUCAGUCAAUAAAUAUAUCUAUGACAGGAAUUACUAGCCUCUCGUGUCUAGAGAGGUGCGACAGUCUGAGGCAGAUAAUCUGUCUGAAAAACCCCAUAGAGAACUUGCAGGAUGUAUUGCCGUUUCUCCAUGACCGGCUCAUAUACCUCGACUUGUCUGACUGCCCAGUUGCCAAAGAUAGACGACUAUUCGAGGCUGUCUGCGCCAAGUGUCCCGAUCUUUCAUUCUUUAACAGCAAAAGAUAUACCGAGCAGCAAGUAAGGUUCACAGGGAGCAAGUACCUUCGUGAGCAGAAACGGAGAGACAUUUCUAGCAAGGAUCAAGCCAGGAAGAGUUAA